AAUAAUGAAGGUGGCCGGAGCGGUCUACUGCUGACUAUUUUAGAAGCUCACUUUCCUGUUGCAGAAAUGGCACUGGCAGCUCGCCCCAAACUUCUUUCUACUCAUUCUUAUUCGGAAUUCCUACUAUCAAUACUUGCACAGCACUUUAACACAGCUUAGUACCUCCAUUUUUGCCAGCAUCAUGUCUCAGGCUAUCGAAGGCAUCCAGACCAAGAUUGGUCACACCUUUGGAAACCAGCGUCUGUGCGAUGAGGCCCUCACGGCGGCGGGUGUCACGUUGCGGAUGUCGGCUACAUCCCAGGUCCACCACCUUGAUGGAAAUGCCGCUCUUGCAUUGAUCGGAGAUGGUAUUCUCCAGAUCGGCGUCGGCCUGCGAAGCCGCGGUUUGGGCGAAUCAAAGGGGGAGGCAUCGGAUCGGUUGAAGAACAUUGUCAGCAACAAGAACCUGGCCAGCAUCUUUGACACGGCGCAGCUGGGUCCUCAUGUCAUUGGCAACCCUUCCCAGUGGGGAGCAAUCUCGGCCAAGACCAAGGCGACCGUCGUGGAAGCUCUACUGGGGGCCGUCUACGUAGAUGCCGGCAUUGAGGCUGCCUUUGCAGUCAUGCGCCACCUCCAGAUCGAGUGAUGAAGUAUCGGUAACGUAAUUACCUCUAACCCCCCCCCCCCCCCCCC